AUGUCUUUGUUUGUUUCCUUAUCUGUCCAGGAAAGCAAAUACUACAAGAAUUUAACUGCUCUCAUCACUGACCUGAAGAACACUUAUCACCCUGGCGAUGAAGUAGUCACGGAGGACCUGUGUACCAGUUUGUCUUUCAUUGGAACCUAUUUAACAACUCUGGAUUUAUUUGACAAAAAUGUUCAGAUAUUACAGGAUCUCUACCAAAAAGCAGCCUUUGUUCUAAGUCAUAUUAUGGAAGAGGACAUAAAGCAAAAUGAACCAGAAAUUGUCAAGCAGCCUGAUUCUUCAAAAAAGCCAGACGCAGCACCUCCAGGUCUGGGAUCCAUUAUAUCUGCCACUCUGAGAGCAAGAUCUAAAGCAGCGGAAGUGAUAAAGAAAGCUUGGCCUUGACAGAUCAUGGUUCUUCUACUUUAAAUCUAUAGUAGACUUUUACUUUUAAUUUUUCCAAAUGCCUACAUCCGUCUAUUCCUGAUGUACCACUGUAGACCCUUGUCUAGACAAGACAUCAGGACCUUGACAGGUCAUUCUAUGGAGUCUGGAACUGAGGUAGGAUGUUUUGACAUUGAGGUAUUUUAAGUUCUUGUGACAGUUUUAAGACUGUGCUGUGGAACAACACAGGCAAAAAUGCUUGUGACCCCUGUGACAGAGAGACAUGCCUUCAACUCAGCAGCUGUAUCUUCUUUGUUGUGCUUAUCCUAUGCCUCAGUUGCU